GCCGCAAAAGGUUGGCAGAAACGAGCUGACUUCAGCGGGAGCCACCUACUUCUCUUCUUCAGCCAACAACACCACCGCGUACGCACCUCCUCGCAGCAUCCAGGCGAGCUUCAGAGACCGUACCGCUACCGCAGAACCAUCGUUUCGAAGCUGUGAUUUGGAGCUACACGCCCGAGACGCCCAGUAUCACGACUGCAACGCCGGAGAAGCUGCCGCUGCCUGCAAAUUGGCCUUUUCUUUUCACCUUGCUGGGACACGACACACAGCAUCAGUCCGUCCUCGAUGACCGUUUGACAUUGUCAAAAGUAGAAGCAGGUGCUGUGAUCUGAAGUUGAUUCUAUGCCAGUCACUCCCGAAUUCCGCGCUCCUCUCUUGUCCUUUUCCAGAUCUUACCGUUCAACAUCUCCGACCUCACUCACUCAUAACACCUUCCAAAACGCAGCCAUGGAGGCCCCAAUAUCCGACUCAAUUCCCUACGAGUUCAGCAUCUCCGACCCUAGCCCUGCGCCUGUGCUCGAAAGUGAACUUUAUGAGAACUUAAAGAAGAUAAUGCGACACUACCGCAAGCACGGAGCAUUGCCGAAAGGAGACAAACUCGGACACCUCAACGACCCAGAAAUACUACAAAUCAUGCACAAAUACGUCCUCGAAAACCUACACUUCCACUACAUUCAACAGUUCGGGCCUGAGUGUCUCCUAAUCGACAGGCGAGAGCACGGCUUGUCCGCUGUAUGGAAGGAUUGGCAGUUGAAGGAACGCGAGUGUCUAGUCGUCACUGCUCCCUGGGUAGACAUUGAACUCAACGGCCACGUUAUCGUCGAAAAGGUCUCACAAAGCAUGAUUGAGAAGAUCGGGAACUUCAAGAACUACCCGUACGAGCACAUGCAGGGGCUACCCAAAGGCCCAAACAACUCCCACAUCUACCGAAUACGGUCAAACAACCCCUUCCUGCCGGCCGCCAUCAAGAUCGUCGUAGGCUGGAUGGAGCACGAAGUUCUGUGCCCGGGUCAGAAGUACUUCGGAGAGCGUAUAGAGCCCAACGAAGACGUCUCCCUAAGGCACUCGCUCAUCCACGCUUUGCGCGCUCUUGGUCUACUUUCUGAAGCGCAUCGUAUAGACUAUUGGUUCAAGUUCUACCUGAGGAGACCAAUGACACGGCUAGGGGCACGCGACGUACGCACAAUCUGGCACGCAGAGGGCAAGAGGACCAACAACGUGUAUGUCGAAGAACUCGCGAAACAUCUGGCGCGAACGUCGUAUCGGGAGGCACGCGGUGGUGCACGCGGUGGUGUCGACUUUCCCCUCGACUUUGGACGAAACGCACAUAUGGCAGACUUUCUGAACGAAGAGGGCAAUGAGCGGCUGAAGGCACAAGUUGUGCGGUGGGAUCCGACGCUUUCGGACCAAACAACGAGCGAUGUGAGGGGCGAGUGGCCGGAUGUGGUACUCGGCAUGCCGGAAGAACAGUCAGAUUUGGUGGAAGAAGCGGCCGAAGAGGGGGUAGAUGGACGGCGGGUGCGAGCGCUGCGUCCCGACAAACAGCAGGAGAUCUACCGAGAGCGUCUGGUUGCGCAGGGGCGGAGGUACUCGAUGCCUACCCAGAAUGGUACAGGAAAGAGACGAAGAGGAAGGAUAAUGUGCGAAAGACGCUCGGAAAGGUCCUGGUCAAGAAGGCGCCGCGUAAAGCUUUGGCGAGGCUGGGGGGCAAGGCGUGGUCGGAUGUGGAUAGGCGACCGCAGCUUUAGGGGGUUCUUCUGUUGCUAGUUUGGACGAAAGAGCGGACAUAGAGGGCAGUAAUGAGGUACAGAUAGGUGAAUACGUUCGACAAAGCGUGAGGUUAGAAAGUGCUGCUUUCGGGUCAAGAUGUGCCGAAAUGCUGGACGGUUAGUAGACUGUUGAAAUCAGAAUUCUCCUUCA